GUGGACACCUCAUAGUAACCACACACUUGGCAAUGUGGAACCUAGAUGCCAUCCAAAUAAGCCUCAGCAAUAAGGUCCCAAGCUCUACAAUUAAGUUCCCGGAGGAAAAAAAAUGAAGACCUCUACGCUCACACACCAAAUCUACGCCUCCGGCUCCAAGCCAUACCAACCUCACCCCAAAGUCUCCACUAUUUUUCACCCCCUUCAACCACCCAUCACAUCUAUCACAUUCAACGCUUUCAACCCUCGUCUCAAGUUAAAACCCGGGACGCCGCCUAAAACCACUGCGAUAGACAAGCCAGUACUAAUUCCACAAACAGAAUGUCAAGUAACCCCCGAAAGGGAGCUUACUCAAGUUUCUUCAAGUGGGUUUUCACGGUUUGUGGUAGUAGGAGCUGUUUCUAUGGGUUUGGCAUUGCUCCUAAUGGAAGCGGAUGUCCAAAAGGCUUUGGCGUUGGGUCCUGAAGGGCCAUUAAUGGAGGAGUUUUGGGAGAAUGUGAGGAGAUACGCACUUUAUGCGCUUACGGUCAGUACUGGGGCUAUAUACACUAUCUUCCAGCCUAUACUGGAGUUGUUGAAGAACCCCAUCUCUGCAAUUCUUAUAUUGGUGAUUAUGGGUGGCAGUCUCUAUAUCGUUUCCCAAAUACUUUCCGCCAUGUUUGGAGUAACCGAUUUUACUUACACUUAUGGAUAUUAGUUUUUUGACAGUUUUCGGCUUAUUUGGUAUUUGCUUCUCUAUACUUUACAAACCUUUUGCGGUUCCAUUUUGUGCUUGUUCCACUAGCAGAACUUUAUUUUAUCUUAUCGAGUUCGUCUUAUCUUCAAUGCCUGAAUUUUUUUUUCUUUUUAGAUUGAAUUAAUUCCAUCUUACUUGGAAAUUGGAUGGGUAUGCCUGGUCCUGGUCCAAGCUAGGAUAGCCCUGGGCCUGUAUGGUCUACCACUAACGUGUACCUUUAUAGCUCGUUUUGCUCUUUAUAUCGUGUGUAAAAAAAGCCCAGCUUUGAUGGAAAGUUGGUUUGGAGAA